AUGAGCUUAAGAGCAUCGGGACAAACUGAAGCAGCAAAAUUACUAAAGGAAUUAACUACAUCCACCCCCACACGUGGAAGUAGAUAUAGAAAAGUAUUUAAGGAGUCAAAAGCACCUAAAAAACUCUCGGGUGAAGAUGCUUUAGCUAUUAUAGUAGAUGCUAAACUAUCACAUCAGUAA